CGCUCGGCGGGCGGACGUGCAUGAAUCCAUGCGGCUAAUUGUUUACGUACACCGUUAGUUUCUGAACUGCAUACGACGCGACGCAAUAAAAAUGGUGCAUUGUAACAAGUGUAAAUUGUUUGUUUCCCUAACCAAGGACGAUGUUAUACAAUGUAAAGGGCCUUGUGAGGCAGUGUAUCAUAAGAAAUGUGUACGUGAGAAAAGUUUUUUCAAAAAAGGAAUAUGUGGAGGAUGCCAAGGAAAACAGGAAGGAGGGGAGAUAGAUGUAAACUUGACUGAGGCUUCGCCAGAAGGACUUCUAAAAGAACUGAAUAAGAAACUGGAAAUCAUAUACAAAAUGGAAAAAAAACUAGAAGACAUCAGCGAGGCCGUCGAUUUCUAUGCCGAGCAAUACCAACAGAUGGUAAAAUUCAAGGAAGAGGCUGAGAAAAAAAUCAAAUCCCUAGAACAAAAGAAUGUCUACCUAGAUAAAUGUAACAAGGCCCUGGAAGAGAGAGUAUUAGAUUUGGAGCAGAGUAUGAAAGUUAAUAAUGUGGAAAUUGUGGGCCUAGAGAAGCAAGAUAAUGAGAACACAACACAGGUAGUUCGAAAAAUAGCUCAAACAUUGAAACUAGACCCGGACGACAUCACGGAGACACUGAGGGUAGGAAGAGAGAACGACAAAAAACCGCAACCUGUAAUCGUGACACUGAAAACCAGACGUGCCCGAGACCUAUGGAUUAAAUCCCGGAAAAAUCUACUCACUAAUAAGGAUGUCUAUAAUAAUAACAGUGCCCUGCCCAUCUACAUAAAUGAGGACCUUCCACGAGCCACGCGACAACUAUUCUGGAACGCUAAAAAUCAACUGAAGGGAAUGUACAAGUAUAUUUGGGUCCAAAACUCAAAUAUUCUAGCACGGAAGGACAAUGAAAAAAGGAUAUAUAGAAUCAGAAAUGAUAAAGACAUAGAAAAAUUAGCAGGCUGAGUUGCAACUAAGGCUCCGAGUACACACGAAACAUAAUUAAAUAAUUAUAAAAUUCAACAAUCUUACCGACUCUUCACCAGAUAUAGACUACACUAGAUAUAGCAACAUUGAAUCUUGGUUUAAAAAUAAGGAUUACAAUACUAAAAAAUUACACAUAUUGCACAUAAAUAUAAGAUCAAUCCGAAAACACUUCAACGAGCUAUUGGUUGUACUGGAUAAAAUAAAGUAUCAAGUGGAUAUAUUAGUACUAUCGGAAAUUAAUAUAAAAGAAGAAGAAUUAUCCUUAUAUUCCAUAAAGGGCUUUAUUACCUAUGCCAGAACACGACAGACAAGCAAAGGAGGGGGAUUACUAUUGUACGUGAAAGAAAAUCGAAGCUUUUGUAUGAAAGAAAUUAAAACUACGGUUACUGAAAAUAUUUAUGGUAUACUGAAAUUAGAGAACAAGUUAGUACAUAUUAUCGCAUUGUAUAGGCCACCGAACAAAAACAAACAGAAAUUUUUAGAGCAAAUAAAUAUAUUAUUGGAAAGUAUUCCAAAAAAUGAGGAUCUAGUUGUCAUCGGAGAUAUUAAUAUAGAUAUAUCGGAAGUCAAAUUGAAUGCAACUUCAAUACACUAUAAAAAUAUCCUAUGUGAACACGGCCUACAAUGUGCGAUCCCUACAACGGAGGUAACACGCGAAGCGAUAGUCGACGGGCGGCUCGACCGAUCGUGCAUUGACCACGUGUGGGUGCGAGCGGGACAGCUGCGGCGAAACGAGCAUGUUAAAUCUUUUCUACUUGAAAGCGAUAUCUCUGAUCACCAUAUGAUAGGCGUCUCGUUCGACCUGGACCGUCAACUCAGCGACUGUAAGACGCCCGAAUGCAAUAAAAAGUAUGUAUUACGUGACAAUCUUGUUCAUGAAAAAUUAGAUAAUUACGAUUGGACUGAACUUCUGGGUAUACGUUGCCCAGUGUUAUUAUUUAGCAAAAUUUACAAUGUUUUUACGAGUGUUUAUAGUGAUAGCACUAUACAAAAAACUGUAAGACCGUUUCGAAUAACACAACCAUGGGUAGAUGAAAAGUUAUACAGCAUGAUUCUAAAGAGGGAUAGAUUGUUCCGGGCAUGGAAAUCGUCACCUGAUUGUAUGUGUAAACGCUUAGAGUAUACCAAAUUUAGAAAUAAAGUAAACAAGUUGAUAAAUAACGCUAAAAAUAAUUAUAGAAGGCAAGAAGUUAAAAAUUGUGAAGGGGAUUAUAGAAAAGUGUGGUUAACUAUUAAUAGCUGGUUAGGAAGGUGCAAGCCGAAUGUAGAUAGUGUCAUUAAGAGAUAUUUAGGUAAAAUAAAUAGUAUACAUUGUAUUUGUAAUGAGUUUUCUAAAACAUUUACUCAAGAAAUAGAGAAAAUAAAACAUAAUUGCAGUGUUAAAUUUUUAGAGAGAAACACAUAUGUCAAAAACAGUGAGGUCUCGUUUAGAUAUAUAAAAGUUAAUGAUAAAGAUAUAAAAAAAAUAAUUAGGAAGUUAAGUAGUGAAAAAUCUCCAGGCUUUGAUAAAAUUAGGGUACAAGAUGUAAAGGCUAUGUCAGACCGGUUGAGCCCAAUAUUGGCUUAUUUUGUGAAUUUGUGUGUUCAAAAUGGCUUAUAUCCUCAAGAGUUAAAAAAAGCAAUCAUACGACCUAUUUAUAAAGGUGGUAGCCAUCUUGAAUACACAAACUAUAGACCGAUAGCCAUACUAUCUAUAAUUAAUAAAAUAGUUGAGAAAGUAAUUGUGGGCCAGAUAUCAAGGUUCUUAGAAAAAUAUAACAUAUUGACAGACGCACAACACGGUUUCAGGAGAGGCAGGAGUACAGUUACAGCCCUCACUCAGUUUGCAGACGAAGUAAAUGCCAAUUUAAAUAGUGGUAGGCAAAUUUUAGCUCUUUUUAUUGAUUAUAAGAAGGCUUUCGAUACGCUGGAAAAAGAAGUGCUACUCUUGGCCAUGCAGGAGUGUGGCAUUGCAGGUCCCACCAAUGAGUGGUUCCGCAAUUAUUUGUCGGAAAGAACCAUACGCACCGAUAUUGAUGGGACUCAGGGCGACGAGUGGCACGUAACCCUGGGAGUACCGACUGGCUCAAUAUACGGGCCAGUGGGUUACCUGAUGCUCGUUAAUAGUGUAGUCAAUGUGAUUAAAAAAUGUCGAGUAUAUAUGUAUGCUGACGACAUGUGUCUGCUGUACGCGUCAAAGGACGUGAGGGAGGCGCGCGAUCAUAUCCAGUCAGACUUUGAAAAUGUGAUUAAAUGGGCGCAUGAUAAUGGUAUAAUUAUUAAUAUGGAAAAGACGAAAUGCAUGCAUAUAUACUCGCCAUACAACAGACGGGCUAAAAUGGUUCAGUAUAAAGAUAUAGGUAUAGUUGGCCACAGCUAUGACUGCUUGCAUGGUGCUAAAGACUCGUGUGUAUGUCCACAGCUACAAUAUGUAGAUAAUUAUAAGUACCUAGGUUUGAUCAUAGAUCAAAAUUUUAAUUGGAAAUCUCACAUAGGAGCUGUGUGCAACAAGCUAAGGUCAAUAUUGGGAAAAUUUUAUCACCUAGACCGAGUUUUAAGUAAACAUACAAAACUAGUAGUAUACUAUGCGUUAGCAGACUCAGUAAUUAGUUAUGGCUUGAGUGUUUAUGGCAGAACAUUUAGUACCUAUCUCACAGAAAUUAAAAAAAUACAAAUUAGACUUUUAAAACAUAUUUUAG